UAUCAAAUAAUAGUAAAGCGCCCAAUGUCAAAGCAAUCUAGAGUUUUGAAUAAAUCACAACAUUUACAUCGUUGGUGGUCUGAACGUUCUUAUUCACACGGUCCAAAAUUUAACACAGUGCGACGUGUAACUUCCACACCGACAGUGUUGAAAUUUUAACACCAAAUCAUUCACACCACACCGCAGACUCAAAAUUUUUUACAGUGUACACGAAUUAAAUUAACUUUAGACUGGAUAUUUCAUUGUUGCAAUUACAAGACAUUAGUCAUUAUCUCUUUCUUUUAAAAUGUCUAGUCAUGUGCACAUUAAUAGUACUGUCGUGCUCAGGAAAAGUGCAGUAAGUUCACUUACUGCAUUUCUAUCUUACCAGUGUUAAUUUAACAUUAGUUAAAUAUAAAAGCAAUAAGUGAAGUUACUGCCCUUUUUCUAAGCACGACAGAGUAUAGCUAUAUGUAUAAGUGCGUAUAUUAAUAAAACUUAUGAAAUCUAAAAUAUCGCGAUAAAUAAAACGACAUUUAUUUGAUGGCCCAAUCACAAUUUUGUUUAUCGCAUUGUGAACGAUAUCUUUCUAUGAUAGUUUUUUUUUUAAAUAAUUUCCAUUUUGUAUAUACUACAAAAACAAAAAUGAAAUAAUUGCUUUAAAAUAACUCAACUUAUUGUUCAUAUUGUGCACGUAUGGCAUGCAAAGUGUUCAAAAGAUAAAAUAUGUGUAUGCAGAGACAAUAAUGUUGCAUUAAAUGAUACGACAUGCGUACCACUUUUAGGAGAGUUUUGUUGGAAAAAUGAAGUAUGCGCAGCUAAUAACUCGUUAUGUAUUAACAAUGAAUGUCAAUGUACGGCAAAUUUUGUUCCUCACUCUAAAUUUCAAUGCAGAAAAGCAAUGUUAGGGGAUUUCUGUGAAAUGAAUAUAUAUUGCCAAGAAGUAAUGCAUGCACAAUGUUCAAAAAAUAAAACAUGUGUCUGUAGACCAAAUUACGUUGCAUUGAAUUCCUCUAGAUGUGUACCACUUUUAGAAGAAGAUUGUUGGAAUAAUGAAGAAUGUGCAACCAUUAAUUCUGUUUGUCUUAAUAGUAAAUGUCAAUGUAAACAUAACUACACAGCAUGUUCGAAUAACCUGUGUGAAACAAGGUUUUUAGGAAAACGGUGUACAGAUAAUAAAGAAUGCAUGUAUUCCCUAAAUGCGGAAUGCUCAAGAGAUAAUGAAUGUGUUUGUUCUUCAAAUUAUAUUAAAGUAAAUGAACAAUGCAAACCACUUCUAUCAGGAUAUUGUAUCAGCCAAAAUGAAUGCGUACCUGACAAUUCAAUUUGUCUUCAUUAUCAAUGUAGAUGUAAAAGAAAUUUUGUGGCCUUAUCUGUCUACCAAUGUGCAUCAGUUGAAGUAAAUGAACCCUGUAAUACCCAUGAAGAUUGCAGAAAGAUAAAAAAAUACACACGAUGUACUCCGGAUAAUGUGUGCGAAUGUGACGUUAACUACGUAAAAAUGGACGAUAAUUCAUGUGCACCGAUAUUAAACCAAUUUUGUGUUGAAAAUGAUAAAUGUGCGCCUCAUAACUCUAUGUGUAUUAACAAUAAAUGUCAAUGUAAAACUUAUUUCGAAGCAGUAUCACCUGACCAAAGCUUACCUAAAUUAAUCAAAGUUUAAAAUGUAACAUCCUUAUUUACAAUUUAAUCAAUUAAUAACUGAUCGUAGAACUUCAGGACAAUAAAAACAAAUUAGACAAAAUGAAGACAAUUAAAAAAAAUCAGUUACGCACUUUAACAGUGUUCAUCAUUUAUAUAAAAUAGAACAUCACAUGAUAUGUACAAUUUAUUUAAUAUGCUAUAAUUUUUAACAAUUUUAUACAAAGUAUCCUAAAAGCAACGUCCAUAAACUAAGAGGUAGAUAGGAAGUGUGAUUCUGAUAUGAAAAGGCCGGUUGCAUUUUUUAAUCUGUCGUACAGGAACUUUUAUCAAAAACCGUAGCCAUUCGGAAGCACACUUCGGCGGAAGUAGAGAAGGAAGCCUUGCGAAGAACAGCGGUUAACCCUCACUGUACUUUUUCUGCUCAUACGCGCUUCUGAUUAACCACUUUUUUCAAUUAAUAACUAAUAAUUAUUUGCGCGUCAAAUCAAAAAAUGCUACAGGACUUUCCAUCUCAGAAUUGUAUCAGUUUUAAGUAAUAUUUGUAUUAUCGUAAUUGUCGAAUAAAAAUAUACUGAUUAUUACAUAAUA